GCGUAACCCACGGCCACACCUCGUGUCAUACAUCAGCUUUCGUUUCAUUCCGCCUGCCAGUAUGACUUUCGGGAUUCUCGAGCCCAAGAAUGGCCAGUUUGCCCCUGGAACAGUCAAAUUGAGCCAGCAGACCUCCGUCGAGGCACCCCACGACCUCCCUCUAUUUGGCAAAACCAAUGCUCAAGAUCGGGGAAUCGUUCUAGUUCCUGAACCAUCUGCCUCUCCAAAUGAUCCUCUCAACUGGCCCCAAUGGAGAAAGGACCUCAUCCUCUUCAUAAUCAGCCUCCAGUCUGCAGUCGUCGGUGCAUACGGGCCCAUGCUGGGUCCCGGCUUCGUGGAAAUCGCAGGAGACCUCAGCGUCUCCGUGAACGAAAUCUCCCAGGCCACGUCGUAUCUCGUCCUCGCGUGCGGAUUGGGUCUCUUCAUCAGUAAUCCACUCGCAAAGUGCUACGGUAAAAGGCCUGUCUAUCUAGCCGCCGGGCUUGUUCUGUUCGCAGCCAGUGUCUGGGGCGCAGCGACGAACAGCUAUGGCUCGUUUCUGGGGAGUCGCUUGGUUGGGGGGUUAGGAAUGGGGCCGUACGAGGUUCUUGUACAAUGCACCAUUGGCGACAUGUACUUUGUCCACGAACGAGCCACCCGUCUUGCAUUCUGGGGCUUGUUUCUCACAGCUGGCAUUUCAGCAGGCCCAGUCGUCAGUGGCUAUAUUAUCGAGUAUGCCGGAUAUCGCUGGACAUUUGGCGCCUGUGCCAUCUUCUUUGCGGUACUGACGGUGGCGUUCUUCUUCCUCGCCCCGGAGACGGCGUUCAUUAGGGCUGAUCCGUCUCCUGAGACAACAACAAGCAUUGCACACGAGGCGAAGGAUCAUCCUAGCUCUGAUAAUGCACAUGGCAUUGGGAGGGUUGAGUCCAAGUCUCAAUCUCAGCAGUCCAACUACUCGCCUCCUGCACAGAAACACUCCUACUGGCGCUCCCUCCGCGUCUACAGCGGUCGAUACUCAGACGCCCCCCUGCUCAAGGUCGUCUCGCGACCAUUCAUCCUCUUUCUGUACCCCCCCAUGCUCUGGGCCUUCCUCACCUGGGGCACAACCAUAACAUUCACCAUCGCCUUCGGCUACGUCAACGGGGUCCUCUUCACUGCACCCCCUUACAACAUGUCCACCUCCCAAGUCGGCCUCACAAACAUCUCCCCCCUCGUCCAAGCCAUAAUCGCCCAGACCAUCUCCGGCCCCCUCUGCGACCGCAUCGUCGUCUCCCUCACCCGCCGCAACAAGGGCACCUACGAACCCGAGUACCGUCUUGUCCUGAUAGCCGUGGGCUUCGUGCUCGGCGUGGCCGGGUUCUUCGGGUACGGCGCCACAGUGCACUACAAGACGCACUGGACGGGGCCGGUGAUUACCUAUGGCCUUGUGAGUGGUGCGUUGGCGUUUGUCUCGACGUGUGUCUUUGGGUAUAUCAUUGAUGCUUAUGGGGAUCUGGGGGAGGAGGCCUUUGUGGCGAUUAAUGCGAGGAAUUUCCUCUCCUUUGGGAUUCUGUAUUUCAUUAAUGGCUGGUUGGCUGAGGAUGGGGUUUUGGAGGUUUUUGUUAUCUUGGGAAGUAUGUUUGUUUUUACGUCGCUUUUGACCGUGCCGCUUUGGAUGUAUGGGAAGAGGAUCAGGGCGAGGAUUCAUCGGAUUGACUGGCUGAAGGCGUAUAUGAGGGACUCCUGA